GAGAGGCGAAGAGCCACUUGCAUCAUCGUUCAUCGACUCCAAUAAAAAAACUAAAAAAGAAAUAGAGGAAAUUGGUUUUGGGAUUUAAUAAUUCUGUCUUCUGAAGAGGCAAGAAUUCUUUGUUCUCGGAACUCUCCUCCAAAUUUGUAGAUAUUUGGCUGGCGCAGUACUGAACUGUUAAAGAAAGACAACAACUACAUUUCCAUUUAUUUGCUCUUCACACCAAAAGUCAGAAACACAAAGAAAACCAAUCCAUUCCAAUCCAAAUAUCAGAAUUCAAACCCAGAAUUGAGUCUUGGUAGCAACUGAACAGAAAACCAUGACAAAGAAAGCAGUGUUGAUAGGCUGCAACUACCCAGGAACAAAAGCUGAACUUAAAGGUUGCAUCAAUGAUGUUAAGAGGAUGCGCAGAUGUCUUGUUGAUCGAUAUGGGUUUUAUGAAGAUAACAUAACAAUCUUGAUAGACACCGAUGAUUCUUACACACUGCCAACUGGGAAAAACGUACGCAAGGCGCUCAAUGAUCUGGUUCUCUCUUCGGAGCCUGGAGACUUUUUGUUUGUCCAUUAUAGUGGACAUGGGACAAGGUUGCCUGCUGAAACUGGAGAGGAGGAUGAUACUGGUUAUGAUGAGUGCAUUGUCCCUUGUGAUAUGAAUCUUAUCACUGAUGAUGAUUUCAGAGAUUUGGUGGAUCAGGUUCCAGGAGGUUGCCGCAUAACAAUUGUAUCUGAUUCAUGCCACAGUGGUGGCCUCAUCGAUGAGACUAAAGAGCAAAUAGGAGAGAGCACAAAGCGUCAAGAUGAGGAGGAGAAGGACUCUGGCAUCAGAUUUAAAAGCUUCUUGAAACAGACUGUGAAAGAUGCAUUUGAAUCUCGUGGAGUUCACAUCCCUUCCGGAUUGCAUCGCAGCCGGCAUGGCAAGGAGGAAGAUUUUGAUGAUAGAGCAGUUGAAGGAGAGUAUGGUGAACGAGGGUAUGUGAGAAGUAGAUCUCUGCCCCUCUCAACUCUCAUAGAAAUUCUCAAGCAAAAGACUGGUAAGGAUGACAUUGAUGUCGGGAAGCUGAGGCCAACCCUUUUCAAUGUCUUUGGAGAAGAUGCAAGCCCUAAGGUGAAGAAGUUCAUGAAGAUUAUCAUGGAUAAAGUCCAACACGGUGGUGGAGAAAGUGGAGGUGGUGGAUUCUUUGGAAUGGUUGGCAAUCUGGCCCAGGAAUUUCUCAAACAAAAACUGGAGCAUGAUGAAGGGUAUGCACAGCCUGCCCUUGAGACAGAAGUGGGCAGUAAGCAAGAAGUUUAUGCUGGAGCAACCAAGCAUGCUCUACCAGAUGGUGGGAUUUUGAUCAGCGGCUGCCAGUCUGACCAAACUUCUGCUGAUGCCAGUCCAGGAGGAAAUCCUGCUGAAGCUUAUGGAGCUUUUAGUAAUGCUAUCCAGACUAUCCUUGCAGAGACAGAUGGUGAAAUUUCUAAUCAGGAGCUUGUUUUGAGGGCCAGGAAGAUGCUGAAGAAGCUGGGUUUCAUCCAGCGACCUGGCCUCUACUGCAGCGAUCAUCAUGUUGAAGCUCCAUUUGUGUGCUGACAAGAAUGGCUUCUCCAAUACUAAGAGAUAAAUAAAUAAAAUUUGGGUGUUUUCUUCGAGUGCAUUGUGCUGAUUUUUACGGUGCUUUUUAUCUGUACAACGAAACCUUGGACCGAGAAUGGAUUUAUCGUUUCAGGUU